GGAAAGCAAGGGGCUGCAGCAUCUGUGGCGAACACAGAUUUUUCCACGCAAGUCAAUUCCCCCUCCUUGAGCUCUCCGACCGGCCGUGGGCCUAUGACCGCGCCUUCCCUCCAUCCGUCCAUCGGGCCUGGCAUCGGUUCCUCCUUGGGGUCUGCAAGCCAACUGCACUCAUCCAUCAGCGCCCUGAGUUCCCCCCUCAAUGGCAUGGGGCCUCCUUUCUCGGUCAUCAGCUCCCCAAUGGGGUCUCACUCAAUGUCUGGACCGUCCACCCCGGGCCUUGGCUUUGGAACUGGCAGCCCACAGCUCAGUUCCCCCAUGAACCCAGUGAGCAGCACAGAGGACAUUAAGCCCCCUUUGGGCCUCAAUGGAGUCCUUAAAGUACCAGUCCACCCUUCGUCAGCCAUGGCCUCCUUCACCAAGCACAUAUGUGCGAUCUGUGGGGACAGAUCUUCAGGUAAACAUUAUGGCGUGUACAGCUGUGAGGGUUGCAAAGGCUUCUUCAAGCGGACAGUGCGCAAAGACUUGACAUACACCUGCCGCGAUAAUAAGGACUGCUUGAUUGACAAGCGCCAGCGGAAUCGGUGCCAGUAUUGCCGGUACCAGAAAUGCCUUGCGAUGGGCAUGAAGAGGGAAGGGAUGGAGCACCAUCCAUCCCGGCCCACAAGACUCCCAGGAAGGCAGGAAGAACAAGCGGUGCAGGAAGAGAGGCAGCGGGGGAAAGACCGCAACGAGAACGAGGUCGAGUCAACGAGCAAUGCAAAUGAGGACAUGCCUGUGGAGAAGAUUUUAGAAGCCGAGCUGGCAGUGGAGCCAAAGACGGAGACGUACAUCGAAGCAAACAUGGGCCUGACUCCAAACUCGCCCAAUGACCCCGUCACCAACAUAUGCCAGGCGGCAGACAAGCAGCUCUUCACCUUGGUGGAGUGGGCGAAGAGGAUCCCCCAUUUCUCAGAGCUGCCCUUGGACGACCAAGUAAUCCUGCUCAGGGCUGGUUGGAAUGAAUUACUUAUCGCCUCCUUUUCUCAUCGGUCCAUAGCUGUGAAAGAUGGAAUCCUUCUCGCCACCGGCCUCCAUGUCCACCGGAACAGCGCUCACAGUGCGGGGGUUGGCGCCAUCUUCGAUAGAGUAUUGACGGAACUCGUGUCCAAAAUGAGGGACAUGCAGAUGGACAAGACGGAACUGGGGUGCCUCAGAGCCAUCGUCCUCUUCAACCCAGACUCAAAAGGUCUUUCCAAUCCCACUGAGGUAGAGGCUCUCCGUGAGAAGGUGUAUGCGUCGCUGGAGGCCUACUGCAAACACAAGUACCCCGACCAGCCUGGGAGGUGA